GAAUAUUUCCCCACCAGAAUAUUCUUCACUCUGCAGAAUAUUCAAUUGAUAUUUCCACACCAGUAUCUGUAUCCAAUGAUAUUUUUUUUGAAGCAUUUUUAGCUACAACUGGUGAUUUCGUGUUGCAGCACGAUACGCCAGCCCGGAUCGAUGCAUACUGAUUAGUAAUCAUAAGUAGUUAGAUGUUUGUAUAAGAAUCUUGAUCUCCGACCACCCCUAUAAUACGCAAAUGACAUCAAACAAGAUGACCAAAGUUGCCCGUAGACUGCUGGAAAUUCGAACGCACAAUGUUGCCUUGAUCCUUGUCUUACCCGCUGCAGCUGAGGGUCUCCAACUCCGACAAAACUGCGUGAUUGAUCUACUCAACUCCUGAAUCGAGGACGAUGACGACGGCUAUCCCCAAGAGGUGGUCAACUACGUGGACGAAGAUGAGCUUCUCUUUUUUGAGAAAGAAGCUCGUCCUCGACAGGAGAUGCAGCAGAGCACAGUGGCGACUUCUACCAAGUCUUUUGCGGGGUUUGAAAGUGAUCAUACAGCUCCUCUUGGUGUACAAGAAGACUCUAGCUUUCGCAGCGAAUAAUCCUUCAGGAGCAGGAAACGGACCACCAGGAGAGCAACAGCAUACAACUACCUCCACUUUCCAUAUCCCAAAUGCGAUCAAUGUUCAAGCUCCUGUUGUUCCAUCUUCUUUAGCAGGACAUUUGCGUAGUGGCACUCCUUCUAUUGCCUCCUCUAGUCAGGCAUCGACGCCAGGGUUGCUAGAACGGCCACCGAAUCGACAAGGACCGCGAUUGCAUGAUCUACGACGUAGUAAUACGCCUAGCUCUUUGUGCGCAGCAGGGCAAAACAUGGUAGCUGGUGGCGGAGGUUCGUCUUCUGGUGCUGCUACUAUGGGUAAAAAUAUGCCGCUUCCACCGGCAACGAAUCCACCACCAUUGUAUCCAGCAGGUGCUGGUGGAUUAGCGGAAAUCACGAUGGCAAAUUUCGAAGGACUGAGGCUUACAAAUAAUGCUGCAAACUAUUCAGAUCGUCCCGGUUCCUCACGGCAGUCCUUGAUGUCAGCUUCUCAAAGACCAACGAGUCCAGCACCGUCGAGCGAGCAAGGAGGAGCUAAUCGAUCGCCAGCGAGGAGUAUCACGAGUGGCGGCUCAACAUCAAAUUUAUGGCUACAAGAUCAAGAAGGAAACUCAUCUUCAUCCCCAGCAUCUUCUUCGUCCCGUUUUUAAAGGGAAAACGGGAAUGAAUCUGAAGAUGGGCGGCCCCUCUCAUUUCUAAGAAAUGCUGGCUUUUGUAUGCCCAUGCUGCCACCAAGAGCUCCUUCACCAUGGGGCCCAUUGAUCGAAAAGCUGGAGGCGCAAGCUGCGGGAGAAGAGCUGAUGAUGGUUAGGGGAACAGCUUGUGGCUCAACAACCGCGAUGGCAAGUUCUAGUUCACCUUCACCAAGUCCUCCGAUCAUUGGUCUUCAAGGACAUCCUCCACUAGACGAGGAUCGAGAUCCUAGUACUUCAUCUUUGCAGCAUCAACAAACUAGUGGAUCAUUACCAUUUUCACCAUUAGCUAGUACCACAAUAAUCCAGACCCCUGGUUGCGGCGGUGGUACAGUAGUUUAUCUUCCAGCUAAUUCAUCAAGUCGAGCCUCGUCGUCUGCGUGUGGAACAAAUUAUACCUCAGCCGGAACCAGACCGAGCCGAGCUCGCGCAGCUGCGGGACUAGGAUCGACACGAGGAGGCCCGUCGAGGGAACAUCUAGUUCUUGGUGGGACUCAAACAGGCAGUGGAGGAGCAACAGGGAGUGGAGUAGACCGAGAGAUAUCUUCUCUUUCAGGAGGGCCAGAGUUGAUGUUAAUGAGUUCAUCCUGUUCAAGUACGACUGAUAAGUCCACCUCGGAUGUAGGAGGUGCCGGCGCUGGCAUUUCACCUCAGUCUCCCUCAGGCGGUGCUAUAGGUGGCCUGCACAGAGGAAACUCUAACGCAGUAAGUACGCCGUCUUUGUUUUCGCAGGCACAAGCACUCUUGAGCAGAACAGUUGGCGCAGCAACUGGAUCUUCUAGGAGUCACGCUAAAAACACUACUUCUUAUCUUCCUCCACAGUCUCUUGUGCUACCAGGCGGGAGCAGUCACUAUUAUGCCAGGAGCAAAGUAAGUUACUUAUAUGCCAGGAGCUACAAAGUAAGUUUCCUCGUAGUUACUGUUACUUUCUCCUGAACUAUACAAUUUUCGACCAUCACAGGUCACUAUUAUGCCAAGUUGAAUGUUCAUGUUGACUUUGACACUCAUGAUUGAUCAUGUUCAUGUGUGUAGUUCAUGUUGACUUUGACACUCAUUAAUCGAAGUUCAAUGUAGUUCAUGUUGACUUUGACACUCAUUAAUCGAAGUUCAAUGUAGUUCAUGUUGACUUUGACACUCAUUAAUCGAAGUUCAAUGUAGUUCAUGUUGACUUUGACACUCAUUAAUCGAAGUUCAAUGUAGUUCAUGUUGACUUUGACACUCAUUAAUUUUAAUCGUGCGGUGCUGACUCCGUUAUUGUUCCCAUUCCAAAUCCGAUUCGUGAAUCAGAGUCUAUUGUUCUUGAGGAAGGUAAAUAAUAUUCCUCCAAGGUAGUUCUAGUUCAUCUUUUGGCAUUCACCAGCCCGAUUACAAGAAGCGAAUUUUUCCAAGUAUGAUCUUUCUAAAAUCGCAUCCCGACAACUGCUGCGACAACAACGAGUCGGGGCUAUCGGAUAGGUUCACAAUCUUAUCAGGUCGGAGGUCCUGAGCGGCCGCAGCACACAACUCCUAUAGUUGAAGAAGAAGGGCAAUCUUCAGACACGAGAUCUAGAAGAAUACCCUCAUCGGCUGUGAUUCCUGUGGUAGUGUCACCUGCAUGUGGAGCAGAUGAUGACGAUGAACCGAGAUGGUAUUUGGAUACCAGUAGGGAGAAGCCCCAUGCCGUUGAGGGUCCUGGGGUCGACCAUGCCGGAGGAAAUUACGUGAAUCAUUUUGCCAGUCCACGCUCACCUGAUAGCCGGGCCUUACUGGACAUGAUACGGAAGGCUAGCGACGAAGACAUUAUUGGGGAAGAUGUUUCCAUUCUACAUGGAGGAGGAGGUGGUGGUCCACUGAGUGGAGGUGAACGUUUACUAGGCUAUCCCCAACAUCAUCCUGUCGUGCAACUAUCUCCUGUGCUGCAUGAACGUGGUGUUGGUGUCGACGUUGAUGCAACUAGUACAGGUGAGAGGUCUAAGAGUGGACCUGGACUGCAUCCAUUCUCUCAUGCACAGGAGGAGGAACAAGAGCUGCCAGAACGUGAGGUCCACUCGAUGCAGCUGGACCAAGUUGCCGCUUCCUCUGCAUUGCCAGCUUCUCCAACAAGCGAGGAUCAUACAACAAGCUAUUUGCAACUCUAUCUGGAGGGUCGACAAGGUUUCACGACGAAGAACACCAGUAGUGCUGCUGGAGGAAAGGGAAUCAUGAUAGGUGGAGUGUCAAAUAAUGAUGUCGAAGAUCAAACAUCACAUCUUUCAGUUUCAUCUCCUGCUCUUCUGAGCAAGAAGAUGUCGAGUACAAGGACAGAGAGUACAACAGCAUCGCCAGUCUUACAUACGACGAGCACUACCACAACGCCGCCACCUGGGUUAUCUGCGAUGGUUAUGAGCAACGAACUGUUGAUAAAUAGAGAUAGAAUAAGAAGUCUAACUCGGUUCCACAUGGCAGACUCGUCUGCCUGGUGUGCCGUUUUUUGUGGCUCUUGUCGACCACGCCCAGCGAUGGGGAGAAGGAGUCGCGCCCAUGAAAUGAAAGAAAAAAGCUGUUGAGCAAUUCUUGAAGAUGUAAACGAAAACGGAGUUGUUUCCCUGUGUUAAAUGAUUCUCACUCAGAAUUUCAAUUUCUGACUAAUGUUUUCUUUACGUCUAACAACUACCCAGUAGGAGAGUCUUCGCCCUUCUCGUCACCAGUCCCGUCUGCCAUGGCUGCGCCAGCAGUAGAUGACUCAAACACGACCGUAACCACUAGGGCGUCGAUAUACCUCCGUCCCCGCCCUCCCACGCCACCUGCAGCACAAAGAAGAGGGGAACGACGCUCCAAAACUCUGGGCAGCCUUCCGACAGUUCAUCCACUACUACUUAACCUUCAAGAUCAUCUAGACAGGAGUACCUCUGAUGAUUUAGGCUUGUCGCACAACUCUCUACCCAGUGCUAGUACAUCAUCACUGGGACGAGUAGGAGUGGGUGGAGGUGCGGAAAUGCGAACUAGGAGUAUGCCUUCUUCAGGCAUAUUAAAGGAGCACAUGCCUUCAGGCAUAUUAAAGGAGCACAUAAAGGAGCACAUUGGAGGAAUUGCUAGUGGGCCCCGUGGCGGUAUGGACUUGCCAGUUUCACUAGGUCAAGGAGAUCUAAGAAAUAGACCUCAACAACGUCAGCAUCUUCAAAGUAGUCCUUACAACAGUCCUCAACAACAAGGUAUUAGUACUUCUGCAAUUUUUGGAACAGGGAGAAGUAGAGAAAUAAAUGUACCAGGUACUAGCGGGACCGGGAGGGGACAUCACAAUCAAAUCAUAUGCGGAGGUGCAGGAGGUUCCGGGGGUAGCAUGAGCAGUGGCAGAACAAGCAAUCCAGGAACGAGUACGUCACAACUGAGAAGACACACAGGACCGAAAGUUAGAAGGUCUUCGGCAGUUCCUAGAAGUAGUGCUAGGAGGGAUUCAGACACUGCCUUAUUUUCACGUCAAGGCACAGCAGCCAUGGUGGAUGAAAUCGAUUCCUUUUUACGAAAUGCUAACUCAGGUGCUGACUUAGGAGGUUGUGAUCAGACUGUUCUUGUUGCUGAAUCUUCAACUUCAGGAAGACGAGAUGAAGUAGGAGAAGCUGGUGGAGGUGGAGGCAUAUCAGUACUCUCGCCUAGAAGUUGUACGGGGGUCGUUGCUACUAGUUGUACUAGUCCUGGUCAAGAAGGAGCAGGAAGAGGGAUAACUAGUGCAGGUGGUGCAGCAGGAAGAGGCACAGGCGGAACAGGUUCUUAUACAGAAGGAGCAGUACCUGCUGUACCACCUUGUUGCUCAGUCAUGAAGCGGCCUAAGAGUCGACAAGGUGUAGUAAACUACAGCGAGGAAAUAAUAGGUGAAGCUGGAACUACAACAAGAAGUGGUCCACCUAACCCAUACGACGGUGUCGACAUCAAGCUAAACCUCGUUAACCAACAAGUCGAAGUAACUACACUAGUAUCAUCAUCAACUGGAGGCACAGGAACAGGAUCACGUACGCAGACUAGAGACGACGAUCUUGUUUGUCAGGCUAGAGACGGUGGACAUCAAGAGGUUGACGCUGACCAACAUCUGCUACCUGGUGUGGUCGUUGCACAGGACGAGCCACCGCGUGGUCUAGAUCCGCGUGUUGAAGCAACAAGCAGGACACCACCCUCAUGCAUUCAUGCUAGUACUAGUACAGUACCCGGUACAACAGCAGGAGGUGGGGAUAUACAACACAGAGGCUCUCCAGCUUUACACACCAUGCAGCCCUCACCAAGACCAAUUUCAGACAUCACAACUCGAACUCUUCGAGUUCCUUCGAGUCCAGGACUCCUAGACGUAGAACGCCACAGCUCUCCUGGUGCCUCUGGAGGAGCAUCCGCGAGACCUAGCGCUCCACGACUAGGCCAUAGACGGGAUGAUCCUACUUCUAGUUCUUGCACAUUAACUGCUACUGCAGCUACUGUAGCUGGAUCUACUCCCAGUUGUCCGGCUGCUGGAGGUCCCAGUUGUAACAAGGAUGUUCAUGUUCAUGUUCUGCCUGAAGAUCAUGUAGUUCGAGGAUUACCUGCUGGAUCCGAAAAGCGUGUUGAUUUCUACGAUGACGAGAGUUGUGAUGAAAGCGACGACGGCGAUGAUGUGGAGUACUUGCAUGUAUCUUCGCAACAUCCUCGAAGUCGGCCGUUACCUUUUGGAGCGACAACUGGUAGUGCAAGUGCAUCUAGUAACAGUAGGAAAAGUUGUGCUGGUGCUUGUUCAGGCAGUGGUAGGGCCAAUGCUGGUAGUGGUGGAAGCGAUCAGCCAUACCAGAAUCAAUCACAACAGUGGCCUGCAGCUAGAGCGAGUACGCCUUAUGCUGCUAUCCUUGAGGAACAGGACGACAGAAACCGCAAGGACUCGGAAAGUUCUUCUGCUUUAGGUAAUGUGGUGAGUCUUGUCUUGCCCAAACUCACACUAGCACAGACCAGUCAUGGUUGCGGAUCUUACCCUUACCCAGUAAGUGUGACAAGUCCUGGAGGAGUAGUUGGUCCGUCUGCUUCAGCAGGAUUAGAACUACCGACAACAGGUUCAGUCUCAGGCUCUCCACAACAACUACAACUUCCGUCAGAUCGUCGAGAUCGUGAUCGGCCUUGCACUGCUUCUCGCGCAGGUAGACCGGCGUCUGUUGUCCCGCCAAUCAAUCAUCCCACAGGCUAUCUGCCUCCUGCAACAGCUAGAGACCCCGAUCAAGAAGCCUCGUCUGAGGAUCGUGGUGGUGCCCCACGGGGGCCAAGGGUACCUCCCUUACUGGGCUACAAUCAGCCUGGAGGAUAGUUGUGAAGAGGAACCCAAGUCUUUUCACUGAUCGCCUUAAUUCUGGAGCACUGCCUCUAUGAACUUCAGCAGCACAUGCAACAUGCUGCUUUACGAAAAAUGAUAGCUUGUUGGUCAGACAGCCAGUUUUGCAGCAGAGACACCGAGCCUCGGAACCGAUGUACCAAAGCGAAGGCCAAAAAGCAGAUAUUACCUUUUAUUUUACACGUUGGUUUAAUACGUAUCGUUUUUUCUUUUUAUCUUCACAACUAACAAAAUAUUUAGAACUAGCAACAAUUCCGUCGGGUUUAGCACGAGAACGAUUUCUAGCACAACGCGUGGAAGGGACUGGCAUGACGAAAAAGUCGUAGACUAUCCACAACAUUGAGGAAAGACGAUGAUUUUGACCAGAAAAGCAUGAUAGACAUUAGCAUACUUCACGUGUCUAUUGAAAUGGAAACUACUCAUGAUUUGAUACACUGACACACGAAAGUCUUCGCGAGAAUAAAGGAAAACAACUGCACAUCGAGCCAACGAUCAGCAAAACUCUCUAGAAGUAUAGGCGCGAUUCAGAUUCUCUAGAAGUAGCGAACACCUUCCGACUUUCGUUCCAAGAGACACAACGGCAACUUCAUUGUCGAUUUUUUCACAUUAGCUAAGCAUAAGUUCUUUAUUUUAACAACAAAUACAAGAGACCACGAGCAAACAAGUUGGUCAACAUGACGAUUCUUCUUAAACUGCAACACGCAUCAUAUACCUAAGUACAUAGUGCUGAACUACCUUAUCCAUCGCGAAGGUGCACGUGGACCAUAACAUGCAAAAUAUUCAAUAUCGAUAGAAUCUUUUUCUUUGUCUUUGAUUGUUCUUCAGCAAAUUUCUCCAAGGAGGAAACU